GACGCGGGACCCGAGACGGAGGGGGUGGGGGGAAGGCACGCGGCCGGGCCGGCGGGCGCCGGGUGGAGAAGCCCCGCUCUUCGGCCUGCUCAUCCCCGGGUCUCGGCACCUUUUCCGGGCAGCGUCUCUUGAGCCUCCUGGGAGCUCAUAGGAGGCCAACACUCAAGACCCUGCUUUCCUGCGGAAAGGGCAGUUUUUCCCUCUUCACUUCGCCAGUUGCUGUGACUUUACCGGGAUGUAGAAAUAGAAGGGCUAGCGCGGCAGGGCUGGUUAAUAAACCACAGAUUUAUCAGCUAAAUAAUCAGAUCUCUAAAGCUAACUGUAGUGUUAGGGUUAAAUUGUGCGGAUCUGUCCUGUUCAUUCAAGGGCAUACCCUUCAGUCAAUAUUCUCCCAUCCAAAAAUCAGAUCAUGUUCGAUCUAUAUUACAAAAUUUAAAACACAAUUACUUUUGCCAUAUUUCACUUUUUAAAAUUUUUACCACCGUAUAUCCUAAGCUUUUUGAGAGUUGUGAUUAACCUUUUUGCUUUUGUGUCUCUGUAAUAUCUGACAUGUUUUUGAGAACAUGGUAAGCAUUUAACAAAAACUUCUUGGUUAAUUUCUUGGUAGACCCAAGCAAAUACCUUCACAAACAAAAACCUUUGUGUUCUAAUACCCAGCUCAGGACAGAGCCUCAGUGCCUCAUUGUUUGUUGGAAAAAUGCAUUAAAUACUAAAUUUGAUCAAAUGGCAAAUGCCUAACAACGUUUUUAUUUAAAUCUACUCAUGUGUAAUACAGAUUUUUAAAAAAAUUUUUAUUACAGCUUUAAAUGAAAAGCAGUAUUAUUUGCUUAGGUAGAAGGUAACUAAAAAUCAAUUUUAACAAAAUUGAUACCGUUACCCAUGGAAGUGUGAGGCCUAUACUUUAUUUAAAAAGGAGUUCAGGAGUUCCCAUCGUGGCGUAGCAUAAACGAAUCCGACUAGGAACCAUGAGGUUUUGGGUUCAGUGGGUUAAGGAUCUGGUGUUGCCAUAAACUGUGGUGUAGGUCGCAGACUCGGGUCGGAUCUGGUGUUGCUGUGGCUCUGGUGUAGGGGACCCCUUGCCUGGGAACCUCCAUAUGCCGUAUGUUCAGCCCUAAAAAGACAAAAAAAAUUAUAAAAAUGAAAAGGAAUUUGGCAAGUUUGACAGAUUAUUCUCCUUUAUGCAUUCAGAACUGAAAAGGAAUUGAAAAGGAAAUUUCCCAACAUGUGAUUCAUGUUAAUAUUGCAUUCUUGGAGUUCCCACUGUGGCACAAUGGGAUCAGCAGCCUCUCUGGAGUGCUGGGAUGCGGGUUUGAUCCCUGGCCCACACAGUGGGUUAAGGAUUUAGUGUUGCUACAGCUGCAGCAUUGGUCUCAACUUUGGCUUGGAUCUGAUCCCUGGCCUGGGAACACCAUAUGCCCUUGGGGGUGGGAGUAUGUGUGUGUGUAUAUAUAUAUUCUUUUGCCUCUAAAAUAUAACUUCUCAUAGUAUAAAUAUGGUAGGAAUUCUGCAAAAUUGGACCGAUGAGGAAAGAAGAGAUUAUUCCAAGAGACUCUGAAGUACAGUACCCAGUUGGUAGUGAGCUUUCUGCUAAACUGUUUCAGCCCAGAAUGGCUGUGGAAUCCAGAGCAGUUUCAACCCCAGUACCUCAGAAUCCUCAGGAACAAGAGCUCAUACUAGUAAAAGUAGAAGAAAGCCUUUCGUGGGGCCAGAAAUUUAAGCAGAAUGGGAGUACCCGAUCCUGCCAAGAACUGUUUCGCCAGCAAUUCAGAAAGUUUUGCUACCAGGAGACGCCUGGGCCCCGGGAGGCCCUGGGCCGACUCCAGGAGCUUUGCUAUCAGUGGCUGAGACCAGAGGUGCACACGAAGGAGCAGAUCCUGGAGCUGCUGGUGCUGGAGCAGUUCCUGAGCAUCCUGCCUGAGGAGCUGCAGAUCUGGGUUCAGCAACAUAGUCCAAAAAGUGGCGAGGAAGCUGUCACUCUGUUGGAGGAUUUGGAGAGGGAAUUUGAUGAUCCAGGGCAGCAGGUCCCAGCUAGUCCCCAGGGACCAGCAGUGCCAUGGAAGGAUAUGCCAUGUCUUGGACCAUCCCAGGACUUAACAGACAUCCAACUCCAGCCUUUAAAGACACAGCUGAAACCGCGGGAACCUUGCCUUUCCCCACAAAGUGAUUGUAAACACAAGGAAUCAGCAACAAAGAAGGACAUUUCAAAAGAGAAAUCUCAGAGGCCUUCCCAGGAACCUUCCUUUGGAAGAGUUAGUGAACAUGAAAGUAUCUUAGAGUGGCCGCAAGGAAGUGCUGCAGGGCAGAAAUUAAGGCAAUGCCCUUCCCAGGGGACCGGUUUUAGUCAAGUCAUCUUCACACACAAAGCUCUAGGAAACAGGGAUCAUCAUGAGCCUCAAAGAAGCUUGAUUCUAAGUACGAACUCUGUAACCUGUCAGAAAGUUCCCUCAGAAGAGAGACCUUACACGUGUGAUGUGUGUGGGCACAGCUUCAAACAGCAUUCAUCUCUGACACAACACCAGAGAACCCAUACUGGAGAAAAGCCCUAUAAAUGCAACCAGUGUGGGAAGGCCUUUAGUUUGAGGUCCUACCUCAUUAUUCAUCAGAGAAUUCAUAGUGGCGAGAAAGCGUAUGAAUGUAGUGAAUGCGGGAAGGCCUUCAACCAGAGCUCAGCCCUCAUCAGACAUCGGAAAAUCCAUACCGGUGAGAAAGCUUGUAAAUGUAAUGAAUGUGGCAAAGCAUUCAGUCAAAGUUCUUAUCUCAUCAUCCAUCAAAGAAUCCACACGGGUGAGAAACCCUAUGAGUGUAAUGAGUGCGGAAAAACCUUUAGCCAAAGCUCAAAGCUUAUUAGACACCAGCGAAUUCAUACCGGAGAGAGACCUUAUGAAUGUAACGAGUGUGGAAAAGCUUUCCGGCAGAGCUCAGAGCUGAUAACCCAUCAGAGAAUUCAUAGUGGAGAGAAACCCUAUGAAUGUAAUGAGUGUGGAAAAGCCUUCAGUCUGAGUUCAAACCUCAUCAGACAUCAGAGAAUUCAUAGUGGAGAGGAACCCUAUCAGUGUAAUGAAUGCGGCAAAACCUUCAAAAGGAGCUCAGCCCUUGUUCAGCAUCAGAGAAUCCAUUCUGGGGAUGAAGCUUACAUAUGUAACGAGUGUGGGAAGGCCUUCAGGCACAGAUCUGUCCUCCUGCGCCAUCAGAGAGUCCACACUGGUCAGAAACCCUAUGAAUGUGAUAACUGUGGAAAGGCCUUUAAUGUGAGUUCAGCCCUGGUUCUGCAUCAGAGAAUUCAUACUGGGGAGAAGCCCUUUCCUUGUAAUUGGUGUAUUAAAAGUUUCAGUCGGAGCUCAGACCUUAUUAAACAUCAUAGAGUCCACACUGGUGAAAAACCUUACAAAUGUGAUGAAUGUGGGAAAGCCUUCAGUCAGAGCUCUGAUCUUAUUAUACAUCAGAGAAUCCAUACAGGAGAAAAACCCUAUCAGUGCAGUCACUGUAGUAAAAGUUUUAGCCAGCGCUCAGACCUGGUUAAACACCAGAGAAUCCAUACUGGAGAGAAGCCUUAUACCUGUAACCAGUGUAAUAAACAUUUCAGUCAAAGUUCUGAUGUUAUAAAACAUCAAAGAAUCCACACUGGCGAGAAACCAUAUAAAUGUGAUGUGUGUGGGAAAGCCUUCAGUCAGAGCUCAGAUCUUAUUCUGCAUCAGAGAAUUCACACUGGAGAGAAACCAUAUCCAUGUAAUCAGUGUAGCAAAAGUUUCAGUCAGAACUCAGACCUGAUUAAACAUCGAAGGAUCCACACUGGAGAGAAACCCUAUAAAUGUAAUGAAUGUGGAAAGGCUUUUAACCAGAGUUCAGUCCUUAUUCUGCAUCAGAGAAUUCACACUGGAGAGAAACCCUAUCCAUGUAGUCAGUGUAGCAAAACCUUCAGUAGACUGUCAGAUCUCAUUAAUCAUCAACGAAUUCACACUGGAGAGAAGCCUUACCCAUGUAACCAGUGCAGUAAAAUGUUUAGUCGAAGAUCAGACCUUGUUAAACAUCACAGAAUUCAUACAGGUGAGAAACCCUAUGAAUGUGAUGAGUGUGGAAGAACUUUUAGUCAGAGUUCAAACCUUAUUCUCCAUCAGAGAAUUCACACCGGAGAGAAACCAUAUCCAUGCAAUGAUUGUACGAAAAGUUUUAGUCGUCGUUCAGACCUUGUGAAACAUCAAAGAAUACACACUGGAGAGAAACCAUAUGCAUGUAGUCAGUGCAAUAAAAGUUUCAGUCAAAGCUCAGACCUCACUAAACAUCAGAGAGUACACUCUGGGGAAAGGCCCUAUCACUGCAAUUGUUGUGAGAAAGCCUUCAGUCAGAGUUCCGACCUUAUUCUUCAUCAGAGAGUUCACACUGGAGAAAAACCAUAUGCAUGCACACAGUGCAGCAGAAGUUUCAGUCAGAACUCAGAUCUUAUCAAGCACCAGAGGAUCCACACUGGGGAGAAACCAUAUAAAUGCAACGAGUGUGGAAAGGCUUUCAGUCAGUGCUCAGCUCUCAUCCUACAUCAGAGGAUCCAUACUGGGGAGAAACCAUAUCCAUGUGAUCAGUGUGGCAAAAGCUUCAGUCGACGCUCUGAUCUCAUUAACCAUCAAAGAAUCCACACUAGUGAAAAUCCAUAUAAAUGUGAUAUGUGUGGGAGAGCCUUUAGCACAUUCUCUGAUCUUACUGAACACCAGAGAAUCCACACCGAAGAGAAAACCCACGGGUGUGUUCAGUGCAGCAGAAGUUUCAGCCAACUCUCUGAUCUUGUUAAUCAUGAGACAGUCCAUUCUGGGGAAGACACUCUAAAUGCGAUGAAUAUGGGAAAACCUUUAGUGUGUACACCGACUUUAUUCAGUAACAGAGACACACUGCCAGAAAAAAAGUCUUAUGAAUGCUAUUGAUGAUUACGAGAAAGGUUUUAAUCAAUGCUCAACUCUUGUGCUAUGUUUGGAAAAAAAAAAAAACAGUGGAAAGGAAACAUUAAUUCAGUUUAUAUAAUGGAGUUUAAAUCAGAGCUCAGACAUUGCUAAACUUAAGACAAAUUCUGAGGGGGAACGCUGUGAGUUGUGGGAAAACUUCAGUGGGGGAAAAAUUUUUACUGAAAGCAGUAAUGGGGAAAAAAAUUCUAUCUGCUGUAAAGUGAGAAAAGUUCUAGUCUUUUAUUCAGACGGUCCACAGGAGGAAAGUUUUGUUAUAAGAACUGUGUAACAAUCUUAAUGCAGAACCUUAACAGAUGCUGUAAAAAUCAGUGUGGUGUUGUAUGCAGUCAGAACUCAGAAGGAAAUGUAUUAGUGUUAUAAUUGCAAAACUUUACAGGGCCCAAAUCACUUAUUGCAUAUCAGAGAAGUUAUUUUAGAGAAUGUAGGGAAAAAAUAAACCCCUUCCAUAUCUUAGUAUUCACUCUGAUAAUUGGCACACCACUUAUCUCCUGACAGCUGGAGAGUCCUACCUUAUGCUAACAGUAGGCAUCAUUAAAUUCCCUGUGCUAUUCUGGUAUUAAACAUUAACUACAUAACUCCAGUGCUGCAUUUCCUUUUGCUUUUUUCUUUUUAAAAGCAAGAGAGAUGUAUUAAGGCAUCAGAGGAGGUUGGGCUGAGCUCAAGAUGGCACCAGCCCUGACUGAAGUGGUGCUAGGCUUGUAAAGGAUCUAUGGCUGGAGCUUGUGGCAGGAAGGAUGAAGAAGUAGGAGGGGAAGGUCAAGGGAGGGGUUGGGGGUCAAGUCCCAUCAUAGAGGGCUGUUAAUCCUUGUAGGUGGUCAGUCUAUACAGGCAGUUGUUUCUGUAGGCCAUUCAGGGCUGCAUUUUCUCAAAGAUCCUUUUUUAAAAAAGAUUUUUGGCCUAGUUUUGGUCUUCCUAGUGAACACGAGUUUUCAAGUUCCUAUGAUGUCCACAGCAAAUAUGAACUUGUUUGUUUUUUCUUUUUUAGUGUUUUUAAGGGCUGCACUGGAGGCAUGUGGAAGUUCCAGGCUAGGGGUCAAAUCAGCUGUAGCUGCCAGCCUACACCGCAGCCACAGCAACUCGGGAUCCGAGCCAUGUCUACGACCUACACUACAGCUUAUGGCAACGCUGGAUCCUUAACUCACUGAGCAAGGCCAGGGAUUGAACCCAAGUCCUCAUGGAUACUAGUCAGACUUGUUACUGCUGAGCCAUGAUGGGAAUUCCCUAGUUUGUUCUUAAUAAUGGGACCCAUGCAUAGAUUUUAGUGGUUUGAAAUUACUUCUUCAACAUUAUGAUUCAAUCACAUCUAAAUAUGUGAAACAAUUUUUUAAAUAUGUUAAAGUGUGAUCUCUGUACUAUGUUUAUCUUGUCACCUGUAGGUAGAACAAAAAUACUAGCUAAAAUAACACCCACAUUACUAACUUAUAUAACAUAUUCUGUCUAAAAAUAAAAAGGCGUAUUAGAUGCCUCGUUAGUACGGUAGGUAGCAUGUCAGUCUCAUAAAAAUAAAAAGACCUAUUGAUCUUUUUUUAAUGUCAACAUUCAUCAGACUGUUUUAUUCGUUGAUUUGUGACCUACAUAUUGAUAACAGACUACAAAUAGAAACAGUUUGUUAAAAAUAAGAAUUGUCUUUCUAGUAUUAACCAUUUGCUAAAAUCCUGCUACUGUCAUUUACUUCGACUAUCCCCCCAUAAUUGAAUAAUUUAAUGUGCAUUGUUAAAUUAUUAUGUGCAAGGUUUCAUAGUAUUCAAAAAGAAAUACUGUCCCCCCCAAAGCAUGUAUUGUAUAGUGAUAAAGACUGAAAACACAUGGCUCAAUAUAAUCAUAAAGGUAGACAAGAUGCUUAUAAGAACUCACAGGAGGUAGGUUCAAUUCUAAUUGGAAAGAAAAGGAAAGUUUGUGGAGCUCCUGAAAUUUGAGUUUUGAAGGAUGGGAGGAGAGGCAUAAAGUCUGGGAGGAAAUAGUCAACAAAGAAAUAGAAGCAAGAAAAAUACAAGAAAUGAUGUAGAGUAUGGUGCUUGGUCAUUAAUUCAUUCAGUAGAUAUUCAGUGAGAGGUACUGUACUGAGUGCUCCUAAAGAAAAAAUGGUAACUGCUCUCAUGCUCAAGUGUUUAUGAAAAUAAUGACUGAAACAUGACUUAAAGUGUAAAGCAGAGGAGUUCCCACUAUGGUGCAAUGGGAUUGGCAGCGUCUCUGCAGCACCAGGAUGCAGGUUCAAUCUCUGCCCAGGCAUUGUGGGUUAAAGGAGCUGGCACUGCCGCCAUGUGGCAGAGGUCAGAGCCGGGGCUCAGAUCUGAUCCCUGGCCCAAGAACUCCGUAUGCCACAAGGUGGCCAAAAAAAAAAGAAAGAAAGAAAAAAGUAAGGUGGAAAUUAAAGUAGGAGAAAAGAUGAGGAGUGCAAUGCUAAAAAAGCAGUCACUUUAACUUUUUGCAGUUUACUGUCAUCUGUAAAACAGAAAAGUACUAGGUAUAGUUGGAAUAAAUUUCCUAUUUCUGCAUUUUU